CCAACCAUCAAGUUAGUACCUCCUGGGCGAGGUACUCCGUACAGCAGGGCACCCACCAAACAGACGGCGGGCGGCCGCCUCAACCAGGGCAGGCCCCUGGCAGGAUUGGAUUGUCCAUCGGGCAAGCCUAUCUAUCCAUCCCAUCAUCCCAUCUCCUCCUCGACCUCGCCCUCCACCCUGCCUCCCACCUCCUCUGCCGCUCUGUUUCCCAUUCACCACCCACUUGGCCCCCCGUCCUCUCCUUUUCCUAUUUGUUUGUUCGUCCUUCGUCAUCAUCACGUCUCUCGCUCGAGGCCGACCGCUUCUUUGGUCCUCCUCACCCUCUCUUCUCUUGUUUCCUUCCCCCCGCCUGCCGCUACGUACCCCCUUAUUACUCCGCCCAACACGUCUCAAUCGACCUUGCUGUUACAUUCCAUUCCCUUCGUUCGUUCGUUCGUUCAAAACUAGACCCCGUCGACGCUACGACUUUUUGGUGCUGCCGACCAUUUUUGCGCGCUUUCUUCUUCCGUGCCGUUUCUCACCAUCGCUCGUCGAAAGGGGCAUUCAAUCGUUGCCGCCGUUUCAGCCAUCGACGCCCGCUGACGCCGCCCAAAGUGUCUCCGUCUCCGCCCAACAGCCAAACUUAUACUCGGCCAGCGUCCUCUUCCACGUUCCUACCCCGAUCGCGUGCCGGCCGCGGUUCUGGCGUCUCCUGGCCAUUUGCAUCGCGCGUGGGCAUAUCUCCAGUCUCCAUUGCCGAUAUCGACGACGUCGUCCCGAAUAGCAUCAGCCCCUCGUUCUCGAACACGCGACAGCACGCCCGCCCCACGCCGCCCGCCGCCCCUGCAGCACCCACGCAGGCAAGGGAAGCGUGGCGUCCAGCUAGAUCUCUCUGCAAGCCUCUGGCAAUGCACCUUCGGCACUACAGCAGCAGCCAUACACAGCCAUGAUUCGCGAACAGAGCAUGACCUCCAUCACCACUACCAUUCUGUCGAGCCCCGGCUCUCCGCCUGGCAUGACGGCGUCCAAGAGCUCCAAGUCGUCCUCCUUCCACUCCCUCAAUAGCGACGACGGCAGCGUCCUGGCCGACAUCAGCCACUUCGAAGACAUUGGCCUCGAUGACGAUAAUUCGACUUUGAAGAGCCCAUCACACGUCUCUGUCAGGCGCGGCCCCUCUCCGACGGCACCCUCGGCCAGACAGCUCGCUGCCAACAAAAGGCCAGUGCCACGGCCUCGACGUUCCUUCCCUAAUCUGCACAAUAGCCUCUACGCCUCCAAUCCGAGGAGUACCAGCACCUCCGGCCUGACCGACCCGCGUUCGCUGAUCCUGACAAAGGGGCACUCAACGGCAUCGCUCCCCAUUGCUCGCCGGCACCGGAGCUCUAGUCCCGGUCUGGCCCUCGGUGCCCGAGAUCCCAACUUCUUGCCCAGACCAAGGCGAGGCAGCUGGCAGGCCAACCGGGACCGCAAGACGCCGCAACAGCUCGAGUACGAGUGCGACGAAGACGAUGGCGACGACAUCCCCGACGGCAUCUUUCUCGAUAAUGUCCCCAUAUCUCCUCGUCCCGUCAGCGAAAGGCCCCCAAGCCGGGCUCCUUCACUUUCACCGUCUCCUGAGCGCGCUCCCAAAGAGCGAGUCCGGAGCGUCGGAAACGGCACGCCGCCGGUUGCCCAGGCCCAAGGUUGCCUGCGGCCGGCCUCCUGGAGGGCUGACGGGCUCGAUAAGCCUCCACCUAGCCCUCUGAAGAAUCGGGCCCUCAGCUGGAAUGCCGCCCACGCCGAGCUCAGUGCCGAGGCCAGGGCGCUCACGGAGAAGCUCGAAGAGCAUGCCGACGAGAUUGUCGAACAAUACGCGCGACGACCGUCCGCAACAGGACGACCAAACACGUGGAAUUCGAGCCAGCCGCCCGUCGAUUACUUCUACGAUAAAAAGGAACGCGUCAAGUCGUCGACGCCCGAGCUGCCACCCCUACGCCGCACGAAUAUCAUGGUCGACCCGCUGCCCAUCUCCAAGGAAAAAGAGGCAGUCCUUAGCCGGACCAGGCCAUCCUGGUUGCCACCCAAAGACCCUGCCGAGGAGCGGCGCCAUCUCAGGGAGUACCAGAGAAUGGUGGCCGCCAGCGCCAAAGCAGACGAGCGCCGCGAAGCCGCUCGCCGGUCCAAGGUGGAAUCCAGAGACAACAAUGCCGCGAGUUCGAUGCAGAUUUGGGAAAACGACAUCAUCCCGCGUUGGAACGAGGCGAUCCGGGAGAGGAGGACGCGAGACAUGUGGUGGAAGGGCAUUGCCCCACGCAGCCGCGGUCAGGUCUGGGCUCAGGCCAUCGGCAACGAGCUCGGGCUCACCGAGGCCUCGUUCAAGACGGCGCUGGCGAGGGCUAAUGAGCUCGAAGUUCGCGUCAAAGCCGACAGGGGGGACCCAGAGGACCUGAAGAGGGCAAAAUGGUUUACGCAGAUUCGCAAAGACGCAGGCGAGAGGACGUGGAGGGACCUUCGCAUCUUCGAAGUCAGCGGCCCGUUGCACCAGGCUUUGGUGGAUGUGCUCAGCGCGUACGCCAUGUACAGAAACGACAUCGGCUACGUUUCUGGCAGCCACACUAUCGCUGCGCUUCUGCUGCUGAACCUGCCGACUCCGGAGGCUGCGUUUAUUGCCCUGGCCAACGUCCUUAACCGACCACUACCGCUCUCUUUUUUCACCUCGGAUCAUGGCGCCCAGGUAUCCGCGUACAACCUUGUCCUUCAAACCCUCAGCCACAAGUCAACCACGCUCUUCGAUUAUCUCACAAAGACCAUGGGUGACGUGGACCCCGAUUUCUAUCUUGGCGAUCUUUUCACGAGCCUCUUUACUGGCUAUCUUGCCGUCGACGAAGCUGCCCGCUUGUGGGAUGUAUACGUAUUCGAAGGCGAUGCGGUACUUGUCCGCGCCGCGGUGGCCGUGCUUCUGUCUCGCGAGAUGGCGCUCCUGGGCAGCAAGACGGCGGACGAAAUCAAGACCGUAAUAGCCAAAGGAAAUGCUCCCAAGUCGUCGAAUCGAGCCAUCGGCGACGUUGGGGCGGAAGACCGCUUCAUGCAGUCGGUCCGCGAGGCUGGAAAGGCGUGAUGCACGGUUUCCGUGACGAUUCCGCCACAUCUUAAUGACACAAUCAUCUGAGUCUCAUUUACAGCGGGUAAUGUACAUCAGGGUAUAGACGGAGCAUGGCGGCCACACCCGGCGUCGUGUCGACGGCUUGGCAGCAAGCUGGCGAUGGCCGGCACAUUGUCGGCACGUUGCCGCCUUUUACAUGAGAGAGCCUCCAGGGCCCCGCGAGGCUGCUGGGUGGUACUGGAUAACUCUUUUCUUCUCUUCUCGCCAACAGCUCCGUGCUGUCGACAGCAGGAGGCUACUGGCUGUAUUGUUUAAUCUUAUUCCAGUCAAUGGGACACAAAGGAUCGGACGAGCCAUUGGAUGCGGAGGCUCGAUCCAUGCUCACGCCAGAGCGCUAUGCUCCGAGACGGCUGAGCCACAUAGUUAUGAACUGACGUACACAUUUACGCUGCCUCGC